CCGUCAUCAUAUGCUGAGUAAAGUCCAGUGGAAAACACCCAAGCUCAGUACUAUAAUAGCGCUGAGUAAACAAGGGAGGCAGAUGCGCACCGCGCUGUGACAAGACACACACACACACAAUGGAUUCCAACAUUUUAAAUAUUAUUUUCUUCUCCUUCAUCCUCUCUAAAGCCUUCUCGUCAGAAGUCAAAGCGAAGGGGGACAGCAGUGCUGUCUUCGGAGAGGACGCCUCUUUCUCCUGUUCUCUCUCGGACCUCAAAAGAGCUUCUCAGAUCACCUGGCAGAGAGUGCGAAAGAACAACUCCAUACAGGACCUGGCUACCUACAGCAAGAUGUACGGAGAGAAUGUCAUGGAACCCAAGGUGGUUUUCAUGGAGGCCUCGCUCAACUCAUCAUCGAUCAUCGUGAGGAACGUGUCAGUGGAGGAUGAAGCCUGUUAUGUGUGCACCUUCCACGUGUAUCCCAGUGGAUCUGUACGGAAGCAGACCUGCCUCACUGUCCACGGAAUAACCAGGGUGAUCACCGAGAAGCUGCGGGACCAUUGGAGCGAAGAGCUCCAGAAGAGAAACGUGCUACUCCGCUGCUCGGCCACGGGGAAGCCGGCCCCCGUCAUCACCUGGAGCGGCAUUUCGGUCGCAGGUGAGAGCAUUCACGCGGAGAGCAUCGAGAACAAGGACGGAACCACGACCGUGACGCUCAACACCACGCUCGAGCACCUGGGUGCGCAGGGCGGCCACGUGGACUGCGUGGUGACAAGUCCGGGGCUGGGAAACGUCACGGCACGUGUGAACUUCUCCAAAGUGGACCGGGGCGGAGAAGAUAAGAAGCGAAAGCACCAGUUGUUUGCGGCCCUGUUCGUCUUCCUGGCACUCCUGGUUGCUCUUGGCAUCAUAGUCUUUGAAGCAAAAAGGGAAAAAGGAUGCGUUAGACGACUGUUUGUCAUCGGAAGGAACAGGAUUUUUCAACGGGCCUCACAUUUUCCCAUUAGCUCUGAUGAAGACCACAGUUCGGAUUUGCAAGGGAACGCUACGGUGUCUGUGUCUUCUGCUUCUGCUUCGGAGUCUGUGUAGCAGAGACUUCACACUGGAGAACAUCUUCUGAAAUGGUGGAAAAGAUGAACGUUCCUCCCAACAAGACCCAGCACCUUCACCUCCUACACAGCUAUUCCUAGACAGCUCUGGACAUCACAGAGUCAGUUGGAAUGGAAUGGAGUUAAUGAGACAGCUGUCCAGAUUAGUAUGUCCUGUCCUAGAAGGCAGUCUUGGCCAAGGCGCGUGGAUUUUACUUUGCUGCUGAAGAUGAUUUUUGAAGCUACCUCUCCAUUGACUUGAUCUCUGCCUUGCAUAAUACAUAAGUACUGAAAAUGUCCACCCAAAUCAAAGCAAACUUGAGGAUACACCAGUCUUUUACAGUAGCUCUGGUAAAUGAUACUGAGACUGCAAAUGAUAUAAGAAAUGUU